AUGUCGGGCCCCUUUAUCGAUGAUUUCGAUGACCAGCGCCCGCCUCUAUGCGGUACCCACAUUGAUGCAAUGAAACCGCCACCGUCCGUCGACGAUUGCGACGACAUCUUCGGCCCGCCGCGCACCUACCCGUCGGGCUACUGCCCCCCGAAGAACCGCCCCUCGAUGAUAUCGGCCAAGUACCGGCAGAAGGAGGAGCGCCGCAAGGUGCUCAAGAUCAGCAUCAACAAGCUGAAGAAAAUCGAGGACCCGGAGGCGAGCCUGCGCCGAUCGGUGCUCAUCAACAACACCAUGAAGCGGCUGCAGCGCGAGACCAAGGAGGAGAAGGUGCAGAAGCAGCAGCUCAGCUACCCGCGCUGCUACGACAACGACGGCUAUCCGGCCUUCAAGGAGGAGCCCGCCGAGGCGGCGGCGGCGGCGUUCGCCGUCGUCGAGAACGACUUCGACGCCAAGCUGGCCGAGGAAAUCGACCAGGUCAACGCCAAGGAACCCUUCGAUUUGGUCGAUGACAACAACCUAAGCGAAGCGUUCCAGUUGGGCGGCGACGGCCCGGCGACGGCCAGGAAGCGGUCCUUCGACGACGUCGUCGACGACUGCGACGUGCAGGACGUGCUGUCGCAGUUCUACAUGCCGCCGACGCCGCGCAUGCUCACCUGCAUCGACGACGACGAGGACGUGAACGUCGUCGACGACGAGCCGCUGCCCAAGCGGUUCAAGAUCGACCUGGGUGAGCCCGUCGCCGCCGCCGCCGCCGUGGCGGACGCGAAGCUGACGGACUUUAGUGUGAACAAUUUUUUGAACAAUAACGUGCCCGCGGAGCAGCAGGCCCGGCUGCAGGCCGACAGCUCCUUCAGCUGCGGGCACGCCUCCAUGUUUAGUGAGUUCCAAAGUAACGUUUUUCACAAUUUGAUCGCCUCGCUGGAGACGUAGUGGGCGCCGUAGAGGACGCGUUUUCGGUUUAAUUUCGGUUAAUUUCGGUUCAUGUGAUAUUUUUUGUGUGGAUGUGGAUGUUCGACUUUGAGUUGUUUGUUUUUAUUAUUAUUUACGUUUUGAUUCGAUUCAUCGGAAUGCUAGCGAUAUAUACAACGUUGUGCCAAUGCGUAUUGCGAAACUAUCAUCACGUUUUUCCGGUUUUAUAUUUUGACAAUUACCUAAAUGUUUGUUUGGCUUUUCGUUUGGUAUCGAAUCAAAAACGCUUCGUGCAAAUAACAAUAAUUUCGUACUUAAAUUCGUUCGGAUAAAAUUGUGAAUUCGAUAAUAUCACAAGUCCAUUUAGAAGAUGAAACCCGCUUAUUUAAAAUUUAAAUCAAUCGGAUAAAAGACACUAUUUUUAGCAUUAUUGUUAUUUAGCAAUUUGAAGUACAUAUAGUCCAUUCUCUGAACUUACGAGGGUAUCGGAUUAAUAAUUUUUUUACAGUCAAUUGCAGGUGCCUCAGUAUUUUUAACUUUUUUCUGCUGUACAUAUGAAAUGGUGAAAUUAAUUUUGAAUAAAAUCGAAAAUAAUCCUCCAGUAUUUGAAUUGCACAAAUCAUUAUUAAUGCUACAAAACCACAAAUUCAAUUGAAAUCAUAAAUUAGUAUUUAUUGUACGAAUAGAACAUUUUAUAUAAUACUCCAGUUUAAAAGUUAUAUAAAAUUAAUCCACCCAUUUAGAGCAAUUGAUCCGAAUUUUGCGAGAAACUACGAUUUACCAUUUUUUUAAUCCGAAAUCAGCGUAAGUUCAGCGAAUAGACUGUAUCUAUACAGAUAAGUGCAAAUUUAUAUGCAAUAUGGUCAAUUCUAUGGGUUAAACAGAGAUAUUAUUAAAACAACACUGCAGUUAAAGGGAGAAAGUUACAAUCCCACAACAUCACUCUUUCUUUUUCCUUCUUGUUUUAGACAAACGAAAGUUGUCUUUGUUGCACCCGUAUUGCGUGCAAAUUUGCACUUACCUGUAUAAUCUUAUAAACGUUAUAAAUGAAUGGUUGUAGGAUGAGAUAUUUUUCGUUCGCAAACGCCUCCCCACCGCCCCUUUUCUCCACUAUAAGAUAUAUUUUUUUUACAUAGUGAUAUAUACGUGUAAAUAGGAAAACCCGUUUUAAUCGUAUAAACAGCUCUCUCGAUUUUCUUUCGAAAAAAAAAACAAAAUCUUGCUACGGAAAUGUCUUUCAAUUCAUACGUUAUAAUCGAUUUUAACCGGUCAUAUUAACAUCCUCGAAAUUUCGCGUUAAGGGAUUCACAGAAAACGUUAAUUAGCAAAUAUAUAGUACGGUAAUUUUUUCGUACUGUUGGUAGAACUGAGAACGAUAGCUUAUACGCAAUAUAGCCAACUUAAAAUUCGGUUUAUUCAUUCGAAACCGCGCGAUAAUUUCGAAGGUUUGUACAUUAUAAUCGGUUAAACGAACACUUUUUUUUUUAAUUCUAAUAGAGAGCAACUCGAACUGUGAUAUGGCAAUCUAAUUUGUAAAACCGACGUGUUUCAAUUUAGAUGAAUAUUUUGUAUAAAAUUCGUAGGCGAGAGAAUUGUGCUCGAAGAACCGCUUCGGCAUGAUUUUAGUGAAAUGUAAUUCCCCGUGCGGCUGUUCGAGCACAAAAAUUCCCCGAAAUCCUGCGCGAGUUUUCAGGACGAGCGAGUUCCGCGAGAACAAUCGCGUCCUGCUAGGGGGUAGCUAAUUGAAUUGUCCUUCGAAUACUAUAGUUUAAAUUGUACAGAAAUUACCUAUAUAGAUUCGUGAAAGAUUUUAGACGCAUCGUGUAUUCCUGUGGCUUGAUUAGGAAAACGAAAAAAUAUAAAAAAAAUCUGUAUAUUUUUCCUUAUUCGUAUUCGUCAUAUCCGAGAAAACUACCACUGAUUUAUGUGUAAACUGCACAAUGUACAAGUAGGGAUGUUGUAUUUUCUAAUAUUAGCCAAUUUCCGAACACUUAAAGUCAAUAAAACAAUUAUUUUAAUUAAAAACAACUCUUCAAUUUUUAUUACGUCAGGAGAAAUUCCCUCUCUACUUUACACUUCUAUUAUUAAUUUUUUUUAGGUAUUUUUUUGGCGUUGAUUCAAUUUUGUAUAUUUCGAGAUGCAGAUAGUUUUUAUCUCUGUACGAUAUUUUUAAAAAUAGAACGUGAUAUUAUAAGUGUUUAUGAAAGAGCGGCGAUUAUAAACAAAUUUGUGCUUGAGCAUUUUAGGAAAUAUUCUUUACAAAAUGUAAUUGUACGUGUAAUUUUCGGAAACCUCUGUGUGUUUUAUUUAUUUCGUGAUUUAUCGCCGAAUUAGAGGAAGUUUUGGGAAUUCCGCUUGAUGUUUUUUAAACGAAUCUACUUAAAUGCCCGCCUUCGAACUUUCUCUUCCGAUUCCACAAUUCCUAAUAUUUACAGCGUUUCUAAAGCCAAUAUUUACAUUAAUCGGAUUUUAACGUGAUUUCUCUUAUUUUUUUACGAAAAUGCGCAUUCAGUUCUGUUUGCCCCACUCAUCCCUAUUUUGAAUUUGCCAGUUGACAACUGCACAAAACGAAAGGAAAAAAUCGAAAAAAUCGACCAAUUAAUAGUUAAUUUUUAUCAUUAUUAUUAUUAUUAAUAUUAUUAUCUAUUAUUAUUAUAUUUUUAUUGUGUCCUAUCGAUUAAAUUGUACAUAUUAUUUUUCUUAUUUGUUAUUUUUUUACGAGGGUUUUUAGUGAAAGAGCUUGUUGAAGUUGUUAGAUAAUGAAAUUUUGCUGGUG